AUGGCGAGUGGCUGUAAUACACAUAGUGCAGUUCCUGGCGCUGUUGUGCCCGAUGGUGGUUGGGGAUGGAUUAUUGUAUUUGCAUCUAUUAUGUUGAAUUUUAUAAUGGGUGGAAUAACAUAUUCAAUGGGUGAUGUAUUUUUACGUCCUAUGAUGGAUAAUUUAAACAAAACUCGAGGACCUGUUCCAGCUAUUUUUGGAAUUUUUUCGGCAAUAACACUUGUAACAGGUGAAGAGUUUUUAUUUGAAGAUGAGUUUUUUAUGU